AAUGUGAUGGGGCUGACCCAGCUGCCGAGCCUGUCUCCUCGUCGCAUUCCUGGUUCUCCUUUCCCUGUUUGCAGCCGCCCAGGUUUGCAUUUUAGUCCCUCAAACCAAACCUCUAAGGGGUCCUCUGUCUCUGCUCAGGCUCCUGGGAGAAGCUUCUCCUUGUCGCCCACCCCGCCAGGGCCACUGUCCUUUGAGUGUCCGGUGUGGCGGAGACCGCUGGCAUGGGCAGUGGGCACCCUUGCUGUCUUGCUUUUGAACACUAAACUGCUGUCUUCCUCAAUAAAAAGGAUUAUUCAAGUCUUUUUCCCUCAGGUCUAUCACAAAAAGAACCACAUGGACUUCGUUGAAGGGAUCUGGAGAGAGUUUUUAGAUCCUUACGGUGAUUGGGAAGAUACCCCUGGCCGUUCUGCCCACAGCGUCACCAACUCUUCUCUGGGUCAUGUGACCGGUAACUUGCCUUUGCACAUGCCGAGGUCCCGGAGUCCAGUUCACUCAUUUGACCCGCUCUCACGAGCCCGAGCCCUCGUCAGGAAAGCUGCCGGCAGGGCCCCCUCCUCCCUGGAGGCCACCGAUGUGGACAUGCAGCCCGUGGACAUGCAGCCCGCAGGGGCCGGCAGCCCUAAGGCAGGGGCCGGCAGCCCUAAGGCACGCGCGUCCGCAGCCCGGCUGUCUGGGUCUCCAGAAGGCCUGAGAAUGAUGGAGGAGGACCGGGGAGCACCCCUCCCUGCCAUGGAGCCCCCCGAGACUGGCAGACGCACACAGGGCAGAGCCAGAGCGUCACGGCCACCACCCAGACUUGGGAGUGAGAGGGACAAGGGGCCCAAGCUCUCACUGUCUAAGAGGAAACUGGAACUUUUACUCGCAGAGCCUGAAAAGAAUAAGAGAAAGAGGCAGCGUGCGGCUUAGACCCAGGUGAGUGGUUAGGACAGGAUGCCGACAGCAGAGAGGAACGGGGAGAUGGACGUGGAAAACAGUGCUGUCCCCUCCCCACUCGUCACGCUGCUGACGAAGCAGGGAUUUUCUGAGCAGUUGGUUUUGGCUCGGUCUGUGGGCAGGAUCGUGGUCUUGACGUGGUAAUAUCUAAAAAAUGGGUGUCAUGGGUGGCUUUUGUGCUUUUCCCAAUUUCAGAGUUUUUCACUUCCCAACAGGUAUGAACCGAGCGACAUUCUGGAGUUGGUGUUAGCGCUGGGCG